AAUCUGGUCCUGGGUUUUAAUUUCAUUCUGGACAAGAAAAAAGCCAAGGAGGCCAACAAUAUGGCUGCUUCCAGAGCAUUUUUACGCCAGUUAGGCAAUUUUGCCACAGUGCUUAAGCCAUCAUCUGCAAGUAAAUUAACAAGUAUUGCAGCAUGCCGUUCCACCGUUGCUGUUGUUAAUCAAGUGCCCCACUCAAUUACAUUUUCAAGAAAUAUUUCACAGAAGGAACUAGAAAUAGAAGAAGCCAAACAAAUGUCAUGGUUCAAUUGGCUACUUGAACGUUUUAAUACUAUUGUAGACCCUCCUGAGAAAGUUCAAACUGAAGACGAACUCCAAGAAAGACAAGAGCUUCUAAACAGGAUACAAGCAUGCUAUUACACAAAACCACCGGGGGAGCCUGGGAAAGAGUUCUUUAUCGAAGCAUUUCACUUGUUAAUUAAAUACGAUGAUUGGAGAGCAGUGGAAGCACUGUGGAGGUUUUCAGAAAUGAACGGCCACGAAUUUGAUGAUGAUUUAUUAGACAAGAUUGAAGAUUAUUUACUAGACGCACGCAAGCGACGUUGGUACGAAGAUUAAAUGAUACUAUGUUGUUGUAUUGUAAAUAUGUGAUGUGCGAAAUUCUAGAAAUUGUUCUGUAGGAAAUAAACUCUCUUGUUUUAUAAA